AUGUCGAGUGUAAUUGUUAAAAAUCUACCUAAAAAGAUUACCGAAGAAAACAUACGCAAAAUUUUUGGAAAAAGAGGUUUAUUAGCAGAUGUUAAAUUAAAACAUACAUCUGAAGGAACAUUUGUAUUUGCUUUUUUGGUAUAUCAAUCUGAGAGAGAGGCAAAACAAGCUGUUAAGGAUUUUAAUAAUACCAGUAUACUAUCUAAUACAAUUGUUGUGGAAGCUUUAGCCGAUCAAAGACGUUCAAAAUCGGCAAACCCACCAUCAAAAGAAAACGACUGCAAUGAUUACAUGGCACAGAGUUUUCCAAGAAAAUCUGUAACAUUUCAAACACAUUCCACUUCCCAAGCACACCAUGCUUCCAGGCGUUCACAACAAAGUCUGCAAGUUCCAACAGAACGUGAAAGAAGCACAAGUUUGUCAUACGAUGAUAUUCGUUUUACAUCAACACCUUUCCAACAAAGUUCUUCCGUCCAAAUGGGGCAUAGUUCUAGAAAUACAGAACGGGCUCUCCACGUACCAACCACCCGUAGAAAAAGUACAAGCCCAUGUGAUGAUCCGCGUUAUUCUUCAUCUCGUAUAUCAACUUUGACAGUUGAACCGUAUAAGUCCAGAGAUUCUAAUGUAAGAAGUGUGCGAUUUGAAACUAAUUCAAAUUUGGAAUACUGCUCAGAAUUGUCUACAGCUUCCUCAGUUAAAGAUAAGAAGGAAAAUGUUAGCGGAAGACGAGGUUCAUCAUCGACACAAUACGAUUGCAAUGAAUAUCUGACACCGAGUUUAUCUAAAAAUUCUUCAGCAGCUCAAACAUAUUCUACAGUCCAAGCACAGCAUGCUUCCAAGCUUUCACAACAAAGUCUGCAAGUUCCAACAGAACGUGGAAGAAGCAAAAGUUCGUCAUACGAUGAUAUUCGUUUUACAUCAACACCUUUCCAACAAAGUUCUUCAGUUCAAAUGGGGCAUAGCUCUAGAAAUACAGAACGGGCUCUCCACGUACCAACCACCCGUAGAAAAAGUACAAGCCCAUGUGAUGAUCCGCGUUAUUCAUCAUCUCGUAUAUCAACUUUGACAGUUGAACCAUACCAUUUUAAAGAUUUUAAUGUUAGAAGUGUGCGAAGUGAAGCUAAUUCAAAUUUAGGGUACUGCUCAAAACUGUCUACAGCUUCUUCAGUUAAAGAUAAGGAAAAUAUUAGCGGAAGUCGUGGUUCAUCAUCAACACAAUACGAUUGCAAUGAAUAUCAAGCACAGAGUAUAUCUCAAAACUCUUUAGCAGCUCAAACACAACAAAGUCUCCAAAUUCCAACAGCACGCGGAAGAAGCAAAAGUUCGUCAUACGAUGACAUCAUUUUUACGUCAACACCUUUCCAACAAUGUUCUUCAUCUCAAAUGGGUCAUAGUUCUAGAAGUACCGUACGGACUUUGACAGUCGAACCAUUUAAACUAAGAGAUUCUGGUGUAAGUAGUAUGGAAAGUGAAGAUUCUUCGCUUCAAGAUGAAUAUGUAAAUGGAAGAUGUGAUUCAUCAAUGGGUUCAAGAUAUCCAAGUUAUCUGAAUUCUCUACCCGAUGGACAAUUACCAAUUAAAGGAAGUAAAGUAGAAAUAGUUUGGGGCUGUGUCAAAAUGGGACGUACUCAAUCCCAAUCGUUUCAAAUCCAAAAUCAAUUGCAUCAAAAGAUACCCAUAGAAGUUUCGGUGGUUGGAUCAAAUUUUAAACUUAUUAAAGAAGGCAAUGCAUCUCAAGUAUUAACAACGCUGGAUUUUACUCUUCAUGCAUAUGAAACUAAAACUUUAACGGUUAUUUUUCAACCAUCUAAAAUUGGAGCGAUAUCAGACAAAGUGGUUUUCUAUCCCUGUUCUAAUUCAGAUAGUAAAAAAUUAAAACAAACAAUAAGAUUAUUUGGAUAUGGUGGACAUAUUUCCGUAGAUUUAACUAAAAUGUUUAAAGUCUCUAAUGGUCAUUUUUGGUUGUCAAUGGGUGUUUUUGAUCGCGCACCAAUAAUCCAAAAAUUUUCCAUAAAGAAUACUGGUGUUUUGUCUGCGUUCGCUAUAAUAGAAUUAGAAAACAAUGGAUUAAUGCCAAAAUCAACUAAUGUGAAAAUUAAUCCAAUGGAAAUGGUUUUAAAACCACAACAAGAAGUUAAAGUAACAAUAAUGUAUAGUCCAAAAACAGAAGAUUAUAAAUCACAAAAUGAUAUUAUCAAUGUAGGAUCAUUUAAGUUUAUAUCGGGAGCAGAAGUAGAUCGUGCAAGAAUAAGAAGAUUGUGCAGUAUACUAUCACAAAAAAAUGAAAACAUUAAUAAAACAAUUAAAAGUCUAUCUAAACAGCUUCCUGGUGAAGAUACUCCAAGAGAUUUGGGUAUACUGAUUGAAGAAACAUCAACUUCAAUUUAUGAUCUUUUGAAAUGCAUAACAGUGAAACAAAUACAUGUAAAUAUUGAAAAGAAUCCAAAUGUUACUAUGGAAAUGCACAGCAGUUUCUUUAAUGAUUCUACUAUGUUUAAAACUCUUUAUCAAGAUAGUACGACAAUACAGGAUGAAAAUGAAUUUAAUAAAUCUAAUAGAUUAUUUACAGUCGAUCCGAACCGUAUCCUAUUUUCCUUACCAUCUAAAAUACAUGAUAGAAUUAUCAUCCAAUCAAAAAGUAAAACUCCUGAAAGGUUUAAAGUUAUUGCAACUGAAGGUUUUACAGUGUCUCCGCCCAAUGGUGUUGUAUCUAGCGAUAAAUUUGCUGUAAUAAUAGUUAGAUGUACGAGAAUGCAAGAUGAAGUAGGUAAGCUGCAAGUUUGCAUUAAAAAUGAAACUUCUGAUGUGGAUUUAAAAGCUAUUGUAUCUAGAAAUUGAAGAGUUUCAUUUUUAUAAUCUGUUUAUUUAUUAAUAUUGUUAAUACACUCAAUAGUUCUAAUUCUAUUUUUGUAUGUACUUUUUUCAAUACAUGAAGUUUAUACAUUUUUGAAUGAGUUUUUGAUUAAUUCAUAUAUAAUUAUUAUACACGAUUUUUGUAACCUUAAAAUAUUAUUACAAGGGGGUGAAAAAUCAACCCCUAUAAUACUUUGCAUCAGAACUUUUUAAUGCACCUAUAUUUCUUCAUUUAAAAACUUGAUUAAAGUAGAGGGAUUCAAUCUGAAAUUUUUUUUGUCUCUUAAAUGGGAGUAGUCUGGAGCGAACUCUGAAGUGAGGCUGUUACGGCUCCCUGGGCCUAAGUACUAUGAAGGAAGUCACCCCCACACGAAACUACAUACAUCAUCAAGAAGCUGGGGUAACUCCUCUUCUAAUUAAAUAAUUGUCAAUGACACCAAGACACACAUAAUGAAAAUUAGUGUUAAAAAUUGGAUUCAACAAUUUUAUGUGGAUUUUCUUCUACCCAUAUGUGAUUGUUUGGAAAUUUCUAAUAGAUUCUUUUGAAAAAUGCGCCUCAUCAGUAAAGAAAACAGGACAUAAAAAUUGUGGGGUUUGUGUAACCAUUUGAAGAAUCCAUUGGCAAAAAACUUGUUACAAAUUAUAAGGACAACAGUUGUUGUUUUAAAUCCUGAAAAAUAUGCUGGAAUAGCUUACAUUUAAUUCUUGGGCAAUUUUUUUUGUUACUAGUUCUGAAAGAUUCCUCAAUUAAAUUAAGAACUUCUUCCUCUAGUGCUACAGUUCGCACUUCUUGUAAACGUCCGCAAUCGGCAGUGCUUCUUAAAAAAUGUUGCAAAUAUGCUGUGAUGGGGUACUGUACUUUCUGGAUAUAACUCAGCAUAAAGCCAUCAAGCUUCUAACGUAUUUCCAUGAGCACGUUCAUAUACAAAAUUCAUGUCUGCCAUUUCGGCAUUUGUGUAGUUUAUUUUAUAAUGUAAAUAAUUAAAAUAUUUUCCUAUAAAAUUUUC